AUGUCGACAGUGGAGUUUGAGUCAGCCGAAGCGAGGAUUUCCGGCGUGUAUCAGAUCGAGGCUACGAACAGUAUUGGAUCAUCAACUAGGGAAAUAACAAUAAGUGUGACUGAGGGUCAGUUUAUACCACAGGAGAUAGAGGUGAUAUCCUGUGCUGACAACCAGGCCACUCUGAUUUGGGCGUCUGGAAUUGAUGACUCUCUGGUGGAAUAUUACAACUUGGAGUAUAAAAGAAAACAGGGGGAAUGGAAAGCAGAACUCGUCAGAAAUCUAGGAAGAGUAAAACUUGUCCGGAAAACCCUGUCAGGUUUACAAUCUGGAGUGUUGUACCAUUUUAGACUUCAGCCUGUCUCAGACAUCACCUUUUCACAAUAUGCUACAGCCAACUGCACCGUUCAAGCUGCACAGGCGAUCCAUGGACAGAAGGACGUUCAUGAAGCCGGUGUCAGUAAAGGUGGUAUGCUUGCCAUAGGUGUUGUUAUUGGUAUUGCAGUCGUCACCAUUAUUGUUGUUUCCGUCACUUGCCGGCAGCUGCGAAAAACGCCAUCAACAGGAAACAAAGAAGACACCUCAGACAAACAGGGUACAGGACAAGUCAUGAGGAUCAUAGAAGACAGAGGUACAGAAGAUAGAGUUGUGGAAUAUAGGGGUAUAGAAGACACAGUUGUGGAAGAUACGACUGACCUUGAACUUGUUUCACAUGGUCACUAUGAGGAUUUGGACACCACACCCAACCCAGGACCACAUUACGAGGAGCUCUCAGGAACAACGGCGUCAUCCACACCUGGUGAGAACAGAGUCUACGAGAAUGCAACCGUGUUAUGAACAUAAAGUGUACUUCUUAGUAUCAGCUCAUGUAUGUGAUAAAAGAAACAAUUCCUGACACGUAUUUAAUGGUAUAAUGCGUUGCAUUUUGAGAGGCCUAAUGAGGGAAGUGUUGUAAAUGUUGGAAGAAAUGUUGGAUAGCGAUUAUCACACGUACAUUAAUAAUUAUCACCUUAUUAAUCCUUGUCAGGAUUUAAUUUAAGUAUAUGUCGUAGUAUAUAUGAAAGGCCAAAUGAGGGAAGUGUUGUGAUCUUGGAAGAAAUGUUGGAAAGCAAUUAUCACUAGUACAUAUCUACAGCCCCUUAUUAAUCCUUGUUAGGAUUUAAUUCAAAUGGUCGAUUAUGGCUCAACCCCACAUUGGCAGCACUUUAGCCGUACUGUGGUUAUAUUCGAACUUCGGACGUAUAGAUAAAGUAGCAUGAGUGUGUAUGGAAACCGCCAUUGUGAAACUUCUGUGAAGGUAAUUAGACCGAACAGGCGGCGGAAUGAAGAAACGCUGAAUAAACGCUGAAUAAACUGUACUAAUGCCAUAAACCCUCUUGCUUAUAUGUCAUUAAGAUUUGUUAGUCUAGGCUCUAAAAUGAUGAGAGACAUUAACAUAUAACGGUAAUGUAAACUUUGCCAAGGAGAGGAGGAAUAAAGUUGAAAUCUCAUGUAGGUGGAACAUUAUAUAAAUGUGUACUUUUUAAACAUGUAAAUGCUUUUUGUUUCAUUUGGCUGUCGUAUUUUAUGUCACGCUUUAAUCGAUCUGGGGAUUACGCGUCAUGUAUGGAAUGAAAUUUUGUCAUCGUGUCCUUGAAACUGACGAUGAAAGCUAUACUAAAAG